CUAAUUUUAUUUCACUCCAUGUGUCUCUCUGCUUAUUCUUCACUAGUUUCCCGCCGUCGACGUUAAGAGCAAGCAUCAAAUUCUCGCCGACCUCAACCCCGUCGAGCACGAAUCCAAGUUCCAGAGAAAGCAGAUCACUAGGAUUGGGCUUGUAAAAUCCAAAUUCUCAGUAUGAGUAAGCUUCAGAGUGAUGCACUGAGGGAAGCAAUCUCCACUAUCGUGAAUGCUUCAAAAGAGAAGAAGCGGAACUUCACUGAGACCAUUGAACUCCAGAUUGGGCUAAAGAACUAUGAUCCCCAAAAGGACAAACGUUUCAGUGGUUCUGUGAAGUUGCCACACAUUCCCCGCCCAAAGAUGAAGGUCUGCAUGCUUGGAGACGCUCAACAUGUGGAAGAGGCAGAAAAGACAGGUUUGGAUUAUAUGGAAUGUGGAAAGGCUUGA